AACCAAACUAUGGGCGCCAUUGUUCCACAUCGGAAAUAUUUAUGAACCGGACCCGUGAAGAGCGUCCAACAAAUAAAUCGCAAGUAAUAUUAAAGUUUUAGACAACAAUCCACCUGUUCUCGUCUGUGAAUGGCUAUGCAGUGCACACUAGUGAGUGUAAAUGGAGCUCGGGUGGAGCUGGCUGAUGGUCGAGCUCUUAUGUUAGGUCGAGGCCCUGAAUCCAGAAUUUCAGACAAGAAGUGCUCGAGGCAUCAAGUUAAACUUGUUGCCAACUAUGCCAAACAGGAAGUUCUGGUUACGCAGCUCGGGCCCAACCCAUCUUCCCUGGACAGUCAGUCUUUGGGUCGUGGCAUGUCUGGAUGUCUGACAUCUGGUUGCACACUGUACUUGGUUGAUCAGUCCCAUCCGUUCACUGUGGAAUUUGUUGGAAAUUCAAACGAAAAGCCGUCCUCUCCUCAGAAUAGAAAUGUAGCAGAUGAAAGCAGAAAUGGAAAGAAAAUCUCAAAUGAUCCCAAAAGGAGCAUCCAGGAUUUCUUUUCUAAAUCUUCAAAAAAGGCAACAAAACGACCUCGCAGCCCAGAAAAGGAUGACACUCGCAUGAAACGAGUGCGUGACGAUGAGGAUGAUGAAGAUGAGCAGACCUCAUCUGAGAAAAAGCUUAAGCAAUUACAAGCAUUUGCUGAGAGAGAGAGUGAUAAAAACCUGGCACCACCAACUAUCAAACCCAGCGCCCCGUCUUCCACUUGCUCUCAGAGUCACUGGCAACAAAUCGGCAGCCUUAUGCUGUUCACUGCAGCUGGGGUUCCAGAAAGCUCCAAAGUCGCAGGUUUUGACAUUGACGGCUGCAUUAUCACUACAAAGUCUGGGAAAGUAUUUCCCACAAGUCCAGAUGACUGGAGGAUUCUCUUCCCAGAGAUUCAGCCCAGACUGGCCAGUCUGUUGAAGAAAGGAUACAAGGUGGUAUUUUUCACCAAUCAGAUGGGAAUAUCUCGAGGAAAACUCAGACCGGAGGUGUUCAAGUCCAAAGCUGAGGAUAUUCUACAGACACUUCAGUUGCCCAUCCAGGUGUUUGUUUCCACAGCCCCUGGUAUUUACAGAAAGCCUGUUAUCGGAAUGUGGGAACAUCUGUGUGAGAAGGCGAAUGGUGGAGUGACAAUAGAUGUGUCACAGAGCUUCUAUGUAGGAGAUGCAGCAGGCCGUCCUGCUAACUGGGCCCCAGGGAAAAAGAAGAAAGACUUCUCCUGCAGUGACAGACUGUUUGCCCUCAACAUUGGUCUUCAGUUUCACACCCCAGAGGAAUACUUCUUGGGCUGGAAACCCGCUCCGUUCAGCUUGCCAGAGUUUGACCCCAGGAAAUUAGACUCCAAAAUGCGUCUUUACGAUCCUCCUGAUACAUCCCUCACAUCUACCAAACAGGAAGUCAUUGUAUCAGUGGGAUUCCCUGGAUCGGGCAAAUCCACAUUCUUCCAGACACACAUCAUUCCAAAGGGCUAUGCAUAUGUGAACAGGGACAUGCUUGGCUCCUGGCAGCAGUGUGUGUCAGCCUGUGAACGGGCUCUGAAGGAAGGCAAGAGCGUAGCGGUGGAUAACACUAACCCUGACCCCGAGUCGAGAAAAAGAUAUAUAGAUGUCAGCCAAAGCGCUGGAGUCCCCUGCAGGUGUUUCAAUUUCUCAACCAGUCUGGAACAAGCAAAGCAUAACAACAGGUUUCGUGACAUGAUUCCUUCUGCCACAAAGCAUGUUCAUGUCAAUGACAUGGUGAUUCAUAGCUACAAGAAAAAAUUUGUGGCACCCAGUUUAUCUGAGGGCUUCUCUGAAAUCCUGCAGAUUAAUUUUGUGCCUAGUUUCAGUGACAAAAGAUCAGAGUUCCUCUUCAGGCAGUUCUCUGAGGGCUGAGUCUGACAUUUGAGCCAAAAAUGAAGAACAAAAAAAAAAGGCUUAACAACCCAGCGGAAGGAAAAAAUAACUGACAAUUCGGAACAUGAUUGAAAAUACAGUGCUAAUUUAAAUAUUGUGUUAACUUGUCUUCUCUCAAUUUUACACUUGCCUUUCACUGUCUUUGAUUUGUUGCUUUUUAAAUGUUGUUUGGUAAAUGUUUUCAUAGCUGUUAAAAUCAACCUGCUGUUAUGAAGACACUACAAAUAAAACUGUAAAAAUAAUUGAGAAAACAAUUCAGUUUGAUCAAAAACAAUUAACUUGCUUCAAUAUUUUCCAGGCAUGAUUAGGCAUGAUUUAUGUUUUUUGGGGUUUUUCUCGUCUGUUAAAGAAGACUUUAUUUA